CUGACAUCUCUAGCUCCAACCUUUAUCUUCAGUCUCCCAACUCCCCGAUGCUCCUCUCUAGACAAUCUCUCUCGUACCACAAAAAGCUUCUACACUGAUAAACCAACAUUACAAAAAUUCACUGGAUCGUGUUUAUCACGCGACAAACAUUACAAUGGAGAUGUCGAGCGGUCCUCACCCCUCCUUCACCAACAACGCCGUGCCAUCUGCACCCUACGUCCGUCGAGCACCCAGCCCGCCAUUCAUUCACAUCCCACCGACAGGACAAUGCGGAGUCUCCGCUGCACCUAUACUCCUCCCAUCGUACGAACAGGUCGAUUCGAGUCAGUUGACGGCCCACGAUGUCAAGAUCAUCACACAAAACAUGCAGCAGAUCGCGACGGACCGCGCUGCAGAUUGGUCCUACGAGCAGCGACGUGAUGCCCAGAAGCUAGUGGACUUUUUGUAUCUUGGCCCCAAUAGCAUCGCCAAGGAUAUUAAGUGGUUGCAGGAAGAGGGUAUCACUAUGAUUGUUGUUACGAGGGAUGCGCGCAUGGCGGGGGUGAAGCUCAUGAGUAUUGAGAAAGCUGCGAAGGCUCUCAACAUUGCGGUUCAAUACGUGGAUCUGGAAGGCUACGAUAAACUAAUCAGUUCAUUCCCCAACAUCAUUCGUCUGAUCAACGACCAUCUUCUAUCGGUGUAUCACAGUCAAGCCAAGGGCCGAAACAAGAACGGCGAACUCCUCGUGGAUCCCAGCUCAUUCCGCCGCGGCAAAGUCCUCAUCACCUGCGAGACUGGCAACGACAGAUCAGCCGCCAUAGCCGCAGCAUACAUCAUGGCAGUCUUUGGGAAGGACAUGAUUACCGCAGUUCAAUUCAUCAGCAUCCAAAGAUUCUGCUGCUCUUUCGACGAGGACAUCAAGCGAAAGCUUCAGUGCUGGGAGGAUAUUCUACGGGCACGUUCACAGGUUGCUAUGGAGCCGGUUGUACCCCUCACCGCCACGCACACGAAGCGACAUAUCGACGAUUUGAUGGACACGAGCGAGGUCCCUGAUGACAAGGGAGGAUUCGCGCUGGAUCAGGAUCGGUUUAAUGGACGAGGAUCGUUUGUGCCUUUCGUGGAUAUGUAAAGAUCACGGACUGAUUGACUCGAGAUAGAGUGAAAAGGCAUGGCGUUGGGACUGGUUCAGAUACCCUGUAUAUUUAUUGGCAUUGGCAGUUUUUUAUAGCUGAUGCAUUCAAGGAAAUGGACUUGUUUAUCUUGUUUCCUUGUUUGUUAGUCGUCUCAGAAAAGGUUAAAGGUUCUGGAUUGUAUUGCUUAUAGAGCUAGACUUCAAUUUAAUGAUAUUGUCUUG